CGUGUUGAACCCGGCAGGUCUCACGUAACCUUCCAAGCCGCCUCCCAUGGCCGCCACUGCCGCUUUCAACUUCCAAUAUAUUCUCGCUUCUUCCGAUCAAUCCAUUGCCAUUGCCAGCGGAAGAGAGAAAGACACAUGGCUUUCGGAGGGAUUCUUGGUUUCCAGUACGGCAUAGUUCAGGCUCCACUUGGACCUGAUAUCUCCAGUCCCGAGCUUGUUGCUGCCGUCGCCAAUGCCGGUGGACUCGGCCUCCUCAGAGCCCCCGAUUGGGAGUCACCUGAUUUUAUUCGAGAAUUGAUAAGGAAGACCCGAGCUUUAACAGAAAAACCAUUUGGAGUUGGUGUCAUUUUAGCAUUUCCUCAUGAGCAGAAUUUAAGGGCCAUAUUAGAUGAAAAAGUAGCAGUUGUGCAAGUUUACUGGGGAGAGUGUUCAAAGGAUCUUGUAGAUCAGGUUCAUUCUGCUGGGGUGAAAAUUAUUCCACAAGUUGGGAGUGUUGAAGAAGCGAGAAAAGCAGUUGAUGUUGGUGUUGAUGCAAUAAUUGUCCAAGGACGGGAAGCAGGAGGACAUGUUAUUGGUCAAGAAGGUUUGAUUUCCAUCUUACCAAGGGUAGUUGAUAUUGUUGGAAAUGAAGAUAUACCUGUAAUUGCGGCUGGUGGAAUUUCAGAUUCGCGAGGUUAUGCUGCUGCUCUGGCCCUUGGUGCUCGUGGUGUCUGCCUUGGAACUAGGUUCGUUGCUACUGAAGAAAGCAAUGCUCACCCUACAUACAAAAGGAAGUUGGUGGAAAUGGAGGCAACCGAUUAUACAAACAUUUUCGGCCGCGCAAGAUGGCCCGAUGCCCCACAACGUGUUCUACAGACGCCCUUUUAUGAUGAUUGGAAGUCACUUCCAGCCCAUGAAAAUGAAAGCAACCAGCCUGUUAUCGGUCGUUCAACAAUUAAUGGCCUGGAUGUAGGUAUACGACGCUUUGCGGGUACCGUGCCAAAUGCAACGGCAAAAGGCGACAUCGAGAGCAUGGCAAUGUAUGCUGGGCAAGGAGUUGGACUAAUCAAGGAGAUUCUACCCGCAGGAGAAGUGGUAAGGAGGCUGGUUGAAGGUGCUCAGCAUCAGAUCCAAACACAUUUUAGAAGUUAACUUAUGUUCAUAAAGUUUGAUGAUGAGAGCCCCAAAAUUUUUGGUUUUGCUGAACAAAUAAGAUCGAAAAUGCAUAUGUAAGUUGGAUGAAUGGCUGAAAAUUUGAGUUUCACUGUUAAUCAUGCACUCAGCAAACCUCAAGUUCUAAUAAAGUAGUCUGUUCAUAACAGUAGAAUUUUAGGUCCUUAUCCUUCAAGGUUGUGUAGAGGUUUUCGAGUUUCGGAAGGACAUAGUAAUGGUUCUGUUUCUCGUUUGAUCGUAAAAACAAGUAUCUUUUUUCCUCUAAAACUACAUCUUUUACAUUUGCCCUCA